ACUACGACUCCCGACAUGCUCCGCGGGGCCUUGGUCGCAGGGGGCGGAGCUCUAAGCCUGGCUUGGCUACCUGCAGCAGCUGAGGACGGGCUGGUUAGGGUGGUGGUCUUCGGGACGGAGCUGGGUGGCUUGAUCGUCGGAACGGGGUUCUUCCGGGGUUGCUGCGGGCAGGGUAGUGCUGCUCGGGAGCCCGGAGCUGCUGCAGCGGCCGGAUAAGGGGAGUCUGUGAGCCGCGCAGGGUGAGAGUUGUGUAACUGCUGCCCCAACUCGGGUUAUAAAAUCAGGAACUUGGGCUGCGAGGAUGCCGGAGGGCCCAGAGCUGCAUCUCGCCAGCAAAUACAUCAACGCCACGUGUGGCGGGCUCAUCUUUUCGGGCCAGGUGGAGAAGUCGGAGGUGAGCAAGAAUCCCGAAGUGCCGUUUGAGAGCGACAGGUACGUGGUGUCUGCCACCUCGCGGGGCAAAGAGCUGAAGCUCACCCUCACGCCCGUCAAACGGGAAGACGCGUCUCCUGGCAAGGGAAUGCAGGAGCCGAUGGAUCUGGUCUUCCGCUUCGGGAUGUCCGGCAGCUUCAAACUGGUCCCGGUGGCCGAGAUGCCCAAGCACGCCCACCUGCGCUUCUACACCAAAGAGAGCUCACCCCGGGCCCUCUGCUACGUGGACUUCCGGCGCUUUGGCAGGUGGGAGGUGGACGGCACUUGGCAGGCGGAUCGAGGCCCUUGCGUGAUGCUGGAGUAUGAGAAAUUCAGGCAGAACGUGCUGACGAAUCUCGCGGAUAAGGCUUUCAACAAGCCCAUCUGUGAGGCUCUGCUAAAUCAGAAGUUUUUCAAUGGCAUUGGCAACUACCUGCGGGCUGAAAUUCUCCACCGGUUAAAAAUUCCUCCCUUUGAGAAGGCACGGACAGUUCUGGAAAACCUGCAGCAUCGGGAGCAGCCCUCUGACGUGACCCUGAGCAAAAAGGUGAAGCUGAAACGGGAGAACCCUGAUUUCCUGGAGCUCUGUCACAUAUUGCCCAUGGAGGUGGUUAAUCUGGCGGGUGGUAAAGGUUAUGACCCAGAGAAGAAGGCAGAUAACACCGCCUUUGAAGAGUGGCUUCAGUGCUACUAUGUUCCUGGCAGCAAGACUCUGCGUGAUGCCAACGGCAGGACCAUCUGGUUCCAGGGGGACCCAGGACCAAUGGCCCCUAAAGGACAAAAGUUGCACAAGAAACAGUUGGAGGUGAAGGCUGAUCCCGAUAGGCCAAGUCCAAAGGUUACAAAAUCAAAGCCUAGGAGGAACUCCAAGAGCGACGUUCCUCAGGAGGGUGCUGCGAAGAGAGCUAAGAAGCCUAGAAGGAAGGACAAGAGGGAAGCACAAGAAAGCAAGGAGGACAUUGCUGUGAACGGAGCAGGGAAACCAAACACCAGGGCUAGGAGCAAGAUCUUGGCCUCACAAAUGUCUCCCGGGACCAGUUCUCCAGCAAGAUCCCAGAAGAGGCGAGCAUCUACUCGGAAGAACACAGGUACUGCUAUCCCAAGAUCCAAGCCAGUGACAGCUGAAUAACCAGCCCAGAGCAAAAUGUCCCCUCAUGGUGCUGUCUGGGAAGUUCCAGCCUGUAUGCUACUGAAACAGAAGGGGAUAAAAUGCCCUGGUUCUUGCCUUAUUUUGCAGGUUUCUGGAUCCCUAUCCUGCUAUGGGGGCCUCUGUGAGAGGUCUGCUGAUGCAAGGACAGCUGAGAAAAGGGAGAUUCUGCCUUUACUUCCUCGGUUAUGGAUGUCAAAACCCAAUCCGGGAAUUUGGAGUCAGAACUGCUGUAAUGAAUUUUAAUGAUGAUAUCCUGUAAUUUAAUGAUGUAAAUCAUCAUUUAAUGAUGAUAUCCUGUAAUUCUGCUGCGAUUCCAGAAUUCUGCAACUGGCAGAGACAGCAAAGCUCUUGGUAUUUGCUCGGAAUCAACCAUCCUUGUGGCUGAUAGGCAAGAAUUAUUUCCCUCGCAGGGUCCUUGCAAAUGGUGCCACUAAUUUGCUAACUGCUAGGGCCAUAUCAUUCAUUAGCAGACUCCCACAGCAGGGCCAAUAGGUGUAGCACAUUCAUCAACUCCUACCCAACAGGUGUAGCACAUCCACAGAUUCCCACAGCAGAUCCUCCUGUUGUUAAUCCAAAGAGGAAAGCACGAGUUGAUCACAUUAUAUCCAAAAAUCUAUUGCUCCCAAGAGCUGGACUCUCUCUCUGUGUAGGAAGAGGGAACAGCGUAUUGCCUUCUAGGUGUCCGAUCAGGAGCUCAACAGCAGAGCUCGGCUGCUGAAACAUGUUCCAGCGUCUCUUCUUAUGCUUUAUUUCUGGAAGCAAAUAAUCUCACCUGGACAAUUUCAAGCAAAGCUUCAGCCGAGUAAACUGGCCAGACAACUAGAAAUCCUUUUUAGAAACGAGUGGCACGCGAUUCCUUUUACCUUUCCCCCUCAGCUUGAAACUGCAACAAGCUUUAAUGAUUAAUCAAAUGCUUUGCAUUUUUAGAUAUAGCAUUCUGUCUCUGCAAUGUACUUUUAUAGCAUUUUGUCUCUGCAAUGUACUUUUUGGAGGUUUGGUUUUGAUACUAAUAAAAGCUCUUUUCAUAAACA